UUGUAGAUAAAAUGCCAAGGUACGACGAUCGUUACGGUGGUACUCGGCUCUACGUUGGGCGCCUGUCUUCACGGACGAGGUCCCGUGAUCUGGAUGACUUGUUCAGUCGUUAUGGAAGGUUUUUUGGCUUAUGCCAAACCUGGAGGUCUAUGGUGAGAGGGUUCCCUUGGUGGAUUUGGCGAGUCUUUCUAUUAUGUUAUUGCCUGUUUUUAUGGAAAUGCCAAGAAUCUCAGAGUGGUGUUUAGUUCAUCUAUGAGGGGCGAGGUGUCAACCCUUUGAUACUUGUAUCAAAUGAUGGCCUUACCUGUUUCUGGAACCAAUUUGCGCAGAGUACGCGAUGUGGAUAUGAAGCGAGACUAUGCAUUUGUUGAGUUUAGUGAUCCCCGAGAUGCUGACGAUGCAAGAUAUAGUUUAAAUGGGAGGGAUGUUCAAGGAAGUAGAAUCAUUGUGGAAAUAGCUAAAGGGGUACCCCGUGGUCCUGGUGGAUCCCGUGAAUAUCUUGGUAGAGGCCCUCCUGGAACUGGGCGAUGUUUUAACUGUGGGAUUGAUGGCCACUGGGCUAGAGAUUGCAAGGCUGGAGACUGGAAAAAUAAGUGCUAUCGCUGUGGUGAACGGGGUCACAUAGAGAAGAAUUGCCAGAACAGUCCUAAGAAAUUGAAACGUGGAAGUUACUCACGUUCACCCAGUCCUCGCCGUGGUAGAAGCCGCAGUCGAAGUUACAGCAGAGGUCAUAGCUACAGUCGUUCUAGAUCACCCGUAAAAAGAGAGAGAAGCCUUGAACGAUCAGAUAAAAGAUCAAGGAGUCCGAGAGGCAGGUCAAGCCCAAAGAGGCACAGUUUGUCACCUCCUCCUUCGAAAGCUAUGAAACGUAGCGCCACACCUGAUGAGAGGAGUCCAGAAGAAGCAAGACACAGUCUGUCCCCUGGGAAUCGCGACAGUCCAAGAGGAGGUAGGAGCAGCAGGAGUCCGAGAGGUAGGAGCAGGAGCAGAAGUCCAAGAGGUAGGAGCAGGAGCAGAAGUCCAAGAGGUAGGAGCAGGAGCAGAAGUCCAAGAGGUAGAAGCAGGAGUCCAAGAGGUAGAAGCAGGAGUCCAAUAGAUAGGAGCAGGAGUCCAAUAGAUAGGAGCAGGAGUCCAAUAGAUAGGAGCAGGAGUCCAAUAGAUAGGAGCAGGAGUCCAAUGGAUAGGAGCAGGAGUCCAAUGGAUAGGAGCAGGAGUCCAAUGGAUGAAGGCGAGGACUUCAAUGGUGGUGGAAGUAAGAAUUAUCGGAGGGAAGAAAAUGGCUACAGUCGCAGCCCCAGUCCAUUGCCCAGAGAAGAAGCGAGUCCUGUAAACGAUGAAGAUAAUAAUGGUUCUCCAAGGGGGGACAGCGAGUCUGCCUAAUAAACAGUUCAUUAUUCUGCGUUUGCGUUGGAAUAUGAUAUAAAUGACUUGUGCCUAAGAGAGACUUCUAAAAUAGAAUUGUACUGUGAUUUGAAUCCCAUCUCAAAUGUUCAUUGGCACCACAUUUUUUGCCUA